GUUAAGGACGCUACACGCGUACUCCCUACGGCCGGCUCAUCGACACCUCGCGCGUCCUCUCGUAUGCCCCCGCGCUCCUCCUCGCAGCCCCCCGUGCACGAUGGGCGUGCCGGCUCGCGAGACUCCUCGCGCGCAUCGGGCUGUCCCAACGCGCCAAAUGAAGUUAGUAGCAGCCUUCCGCGAGCGGAUAGCGGCCGGUCGUCGAGCCCG